AUGGCAGUUGGAACAAGGCUAACACCUUCGUUAGAUAAACCUGCUGUUGAUCUUACUUUAUACAGGAGCAUGAUAGGAACAAUUUCGUUAGGAUUGUCGUAUUUUUUGAAAUCAGGAUUUUUCAUUCAAGCAUUCUCAGAUGUAGAUCUGGUUGGUUGUAGUCUUGAUCGAAAAAGUACAAGUGGUGGAUGUCAAUUAUUAGAUGGAAAGCUUGUAAGUUGGCAAUCGAAAAAGCAAAUAUAUGUUGCAAUUUCAACUGCUGAAGCUGAGUAUGUUGCAGUUGCUGUUUGCACUUCUCAAAUCAUAUGGAUCCAAGUACAACAUUCGAAAACGAAACACAUUGCACUUCGUUAUCAUUUCAUUAAAGAACAUGUAGAAGAUGGAAUUGCCGAAGUACAUUUUGUAAAGACUACUGAUCAGCUUGCUGAUAUCUUUACAAAACCAUUGGAUGAAAAACCAUUUGUUAGAAUUUUAAUAGGUUUGGGAAUGAUAGAAACAAGUUCUGUUCCAGGACUAAUUUCGAAAGAAUGA